GUACGACGUAAUUAAGCAUAAGAAAGGUGUAGCAAUCAGUGACGCCAUAUUAGAAAUUUUCACAAGUGCACGAAUAAAAACCCGAUAUCCAAAACAUAAUGGUGAAGUAAAUACUGAGGAGGAAGAAAAUAGUGAUGGCGUUGGGCCUAGCGGGACGAAAGAAUAA